AGAGCUUUUCGUCACUGUUUUGAUGAGGGUUUUUAAAACAAUCCAUGUUUAUUGACUUGGCAGAAAAGUUUCGGCAUUAUGAGUAAGAAAAUGGAUAUUAAACCGAUGACGCAUUGCUUCAUUCCCGGUUGUGCGGCCAUAGCCGAGUGGAACAAGCUUCUGUUCUUCAAGAUGUCCUUCGGGGAUCUGCCGCAUUGGUGGAAGAGCACUGCUUGGGUGGCCAAGCAUAACACUGAGCUGCCGAGAGAUGCCCUCAUUUGCGAGCGGCAUUUUGAGGAACGAUUCAUCGAUCGGUCUCGGAAGAAACCCCGGUUGAUGGUGGGAACCAUACCGACGUUGAACCUUGCGGCUCUGGAAGUGAACAAUCAAGACAACUUAGAGUUCUUUUGCCGAAUGUGCGCAAAGAAGGGAUUUGCGCCGAUGCGCUACCGUUUGGAGCAGCUGGGCGGAAUGAGUGAGGUGGUUCGCUGCUGUUUGGGUCGAUACCGGACGGAGGUAGGAUUGCCACCUGGAGUGUGCGAAAGCUGUGUCCAAACGGUGAAAAAGUUUGCUCAAUUCGCCAAGCAGUGUGAAGAGUCCCAGCUGCAGAUGUUGCAGCUUCAAAGGAAAAGUAACGAGGAACAGGUAGCAGAAAGGUCGGAGAAUUCGGUAGAAUACACAAAUGUCGAAGCGAACAAGGAGAAUACCGAUACGGAAGAACUGGUGAAUCCGGUGGGUAAUGACGACCAAUCGUUAAACAAACCGAGUAAGAAUGGUAGCACAAGAAAGAAGAAAAGCAAAUGCUUCGAUGAUGGAAAACCAUGUCCGGAUUGCGGAAAAUUGUUCAAGACACAGGGAAGAUAUUACUACCACUUGAAAAGUCACAACGAGCAGGAAUACGGUUGUCAGAUAUGUGGCAAAAAGUUCGCAAGAAAAGAUGGACUCCGGAAGCAUCUGGAACUGGUACACGGCGGCAAAGUGAAGCACAAAUGUGCGCUUUGUGGUAAAACAUUCUCGACACGGAGCCAGCUGAAUCUUCACCGUACUGAAGAACACAAGUCUAAUGCAAAAUAUCGACUCAAGACAGAGAAUGUGAAACCCAGCCAAACGAAAGAGAAGGUAGCAAAACGAUUGAUGCCAGAUUCCCUGGUGGAUGAUGGAGUGGAUUAGCGG